AAACUUUGUUUAGUUUUCAGAGGUAAUUUUUAUUGCUAUAUAUUCAUACCCGUACGAGUGUAAAAUUGUCUUUUAUUGAAAUAUAUUAUCUUCCUUUUAAAUUUACAAAACACGUUGAUCCAUAGUCUGCAGAGAUCGCAACGUGCCUAGUUUGAAUUAUUCAUUAUGUCUGGUUUAAAUUCAAUCGAUGUAAAACUGUUCGAGGAUACAGCGAACGACAUUGAUAUAAUUAAGACCAUCAUCGAUACUGAUAACAAUGAGGAACCCUUUUAUAUUCUGGAUGUCGCCGACAUAGUACAGAAACAUCAGAACUGGAUCGCAAAGAUGCCGAGAGUUUCGCCGCAUUAUGCUGUCAAAUGCAACUCGGACCCAACAGUCAUCAAGAUCCUGGCUGCUCUGAACGCUAACUUUGACUGCGCUUCCGAGCAAGAAAUAAGGCUGGUAAUGAAGCACGGAGUGUCCGCGGAACGGAUUAUCUUCGCGAAUCCAACGAAAUUACCCUCUCACAUAAGGUUUGCUAAGAUGGCGAACGUGUUCAGGACGACCGUCGACAGCGAAAGCGAAAUUUUGAAGAUGAAAGACCUUUUCCCGGAAGCGAAAAUAGUGAUUCGCAUUCGAUGCGACGCCAAGGUAACGCAGGUGUGUUUUGGAACAAAAUUUGGCUGCGACCCGAACGAGGAGGCUGUUCGUUUGAUACGGCUGACGAGAAGCCUCGGGUUGACGUUACACGGGUUCAGCUUUCACGUGGGCAGCCCGUGCGGCGAAAUGGACGCCUACAACAGAGGUAUCACGAUGUGCAAAAGGUUGGUCGCCAUUGCCAAAACAAUCGGUUGCAACGACGUCCAGAUGAUCGACAUCGGUGGUGGAUUUCCUGGCGAGACUGACGCCCGAAUCGACGAAUUUGCCACUGUUAUUAACGACGCCAUCGAAGAUAUCGAUCCCAGCAUCAAGAUUAUCAGCGAACCAGGACAAUACUACGUGUCGUCGGCAUUUACAUUAGCAUCUUGCGUGCAUACGAAGAGGACAGUGAACAAGGAAAAAAAUACUGUCAGAAUGUAUUAUGUGUAUUGCGGGGUGUAUACUUCUUUUAUAGACGAGCUGUUAAACUUGAAGGCAAGGAUUCCGAUUACGUUGGACACGCCAGCAGAGGACAGGAAAUUUAAUUCGUCCGUUUUUGGUCCAACAUGCGACUCCCUGGAUUGCAUUUUGAAGAAUGUGUGGCUGCCAGAGCUCGAGAUCGGCGAUUGGCUGAUUUGGAGAGAUAUGGGAGCGUACAGUAUAGCCGCCAGUUGCUCGUUCAAUGGUUUUCUUCCGCCUGUAGUGUAUCCGUUCGCAAGGAAAAGUAAAUGGGCAGCCAUUAACGCAAUUAGGUCAUUACACGAAUUGAAGGAGUCCGUCGAGUAGUUAAUGUUAUAUUCCUAAUCUAUUUAUGAAGAUAUUAUUUGUGUAAAUAAUUAUUAUGUUCCAUUAAAAUAGUAUUGAAGCGACGCGUUGAUAAACAUAACCAUGCGUUUUUUUUUACUAAUUUACAUUAUUU